AUGAUUCGACCUUUUGUUAGGUGCCCUUUGGCAACCGCUACGGAUAUUCUGGGAGUAACUGUUGAACGCUGGGAUGCGAUACGCGACGUGGUUACGGCCAUCACCCAAUUCCGAUCAUACUCUGAAGAACGACUCUUCACGUUUCUUUCUCAGGGUAAAGAACACUACUUAUGA